CGAUCAGCUGUUCGAUGGUUAUUGGCAUUGUGUUUUGUUUUGGGCAAAAUAAUGUGAUAUAACAAGCGUUGAUAAAAUAAUAAAAAAAUUUUAGAGUAAUUAGAUUUUUGGCCAUGCUGCUGCACUAUGGCCAGCAACUCCUGCGCCAUGUCACACGAAAUGUGCUAAACACGUAUCCACAACGACGCCACUUUAAUUAUUAUGAGGCGCUGGGAAUUGGAAAAUCCUCUACACAGCACGAAAUAAAGGCAGCCUAUUAUAAAUUAUCCAUGCUUUAUCAUCCGGACCGCAAUCAGGGCAGCGAGAGCGCAGCCAAAAAAUUCAGGGAAAUCAAUCAAGCCUAUGAAGUCCUGUCGAACUACCGACUGCGACGUCUUUACGAUAAAGGAAUUGUGCAUACGGCAGGAUAUGCCCAAGAUAUAAGAGAUAUGCCCGACGAAGCCGAGGUGGAGGAAGAUGAUCCCGAAACAAAGUUCUACAAAUCUCGUUUCCGUAAAUCCAAAGUCGCGGACUCGGAGGGUCGCACACCUAUCUAUGAUUUCGAUGAAUGGUCGCGUGCCCACUACGGCAAAUCCUUUGAGCGUCGCCAGGAAGCCAAGGCUAAAUUCGAUCGUAUACAGAAUCAGAAACGCAGUAACACCAUUUCCACACAAAAUGAUAUUCUAAUGCUGGCCUUCAUCUUUGCGGGCGUUGCCAUGUACUUGAUGUUUAUUGCCGAAUCAUCUUACGACACACCAAAGCAAAGGGCCGAAGCACUGCACGCCGAGCGUCAGAAGCAGGAACUGAACCGAGUUACGACGAACGACAGCAAAAACUAAAUUAAGGGUAGAAAAGGCGGUGCAACAAGAGGCUAGUCCUAAUUGUACAGUUUGAUAGUCCUAAAUGUUUAAAUAAAUAAAUACAAAUUGUACCUUUUAUCGGC